AUGGGGCUGCUCUGCAAAGACCUGGCCCAUCCCAGAGUGACGCUAGCUGACAACCCCUUACUGCUCCUGGAGCAAAGAAACAUGUGGAAGGAAUUGUUCUUUUACAUUUCACAGCUGGUCAUUUCCUCUGCAGAACAACCCUUGACCUCUCUGAGAGAUCCUGACACGUAUAAGGGAAGUAUUCCCACUGCUGCGAAGGAAGUGGGGAAGCCAUUUAAUGCCACAAAGGGAGAGGAGGAGAAUUUGUCAAAAGAAUCUGGAGGAAAAAGAGACAAGAUGAGCUUAAAGUGUUUCCAGCAGGCAGAAGAGUCUGAGGAAGCGAAUAAGUCCCACGGGAAUGAUCAAACGAAGCUUUGCAAAAAAGGAAUUGUGCCUCAUAAACCCAGCCCUAACUCUUCAUCUAAGUCCUGUGAUCUCAUCCCAGUUAAAGACAAUGGAAUGUUCCGUAAGACAAAGCCAAAAGAUUUGACUGAACAUCCUCCUCAAGGAAAAGUAAGUCCAGAGGUGAAGGUCGGAAUAGAAGAAAAGAAGACUUCUCUCAGAGUAUCUCCCGUUUAGCAGAAUAAAGAAGCACAGAUUUUC